AUGGCUAUCAAUGUUUGCGCUUACGCAGAUACUUUGGCCGAGGCUGCUGCAAUGCUAGAAGUCUGGGACGGAGUCCCUGGGAACAUCAAGGACUGCCUUACUGAGGAAAAGGUCACGGCAGAAGCGAGCUGGGAGGAGUUCUUUGAGCUUCAGCGACAGAUCAAUCCAGAAUCACCGGACCAGAAAUGGGGGAUCAACAGUAUCCUCAACGAUCCUUCGGUAUCUCUUCCAAAGUUAAUUGAAGCCGUCAAGCCCGCUAUGUGCGAGCUGCCAACAAAGUCAUCUUUUGGCUGCAUAUACAUCUGCGACACUAUCAAACCAGAUGAGAGAGAUGCUGUCUUCAGUAUUCCUCAGCAGUACUACAUAUCAACAUUCAGUGGCUGGAAGGACGCUGCCCUUGCGCCCCGAGUCCGAGAAACCAUGCGGGCCUCGUACAAAAAGGCUGAAGCGGUUGCCUGCGGGAUCUACAGUGCCGACUUUGACCAAUCCAAGAACUCUUUGCAUUCACCUAAGCCGACAGCACUGUUGACAUCGAGGUGGUUCCAGAUCAAAGUAUGGACAGAUUCAGCUCGUGCUCGCUUCAUGGAAAUUCGAAGGCGGUGGGACCCGAAUAGUCUAUUUACGGGAUACAAGGCUUUUGAUAUCGACGCACAGGCGAAGCCAGCUCUGUGA